UUAGUUUACCACUGUCCUUUUGUUUUCAGUUCUAGUUUACCCCACUGUCCCUUUGUUUUCAGUUUUAGUUUAAUUUACCACUGUCCCUUUGUUUUCGUUAUAGUUUACCACUGUCCUUUUGUUUUCCGUUUUAUUUGCCACUAUCCUUUUGUUUUCAGUUUAAUUUACCACGGACCCUUUGUUUUCAUUCUAGUUUACCACUAUCCUUUUGUUUUCAGUUUAAUUUACCACUGUCCCUUUGUUUACAUUCUAGUUUACCACUAUCCUUUUGUUUUCAGUUUAAUUUACCACUGUCCCUUUGUUUACAUUUUAGUUUACCACUGUCCUUUGUUUUCAGUUUUAGUUUACCACCGUCAUUUUGUUUUCAGUUUAAUUUACCAUUGUCCCUUUGUUUUCAGUUUUAGUUUACCCCACUGUCCCUUUGUUUACAUUUCUAGUUUACCAUUGUCCCUUUGUUUACAUUUCUAG